AUGGCUGAGUACAAACUAACCUACGAGUCAGAAUUGGAUGCCUUCCACCCCUCCUUCCGCUAUGAAAGCCGCGACCCAAGGGAGGACUGGAAAACCUCCGCUCUCCGCGGACCAGCAUUGCCGGUUCUGGGCAACGCAGUUGCCGGUGCCGUUGGCUCAGCGAUAUCCAACAUCAUCGUUUACCCGCUCAACGUGAUCGUCGCCCGUCUACAAACCCAAGCGAAAAAGGACAAGUCAGAAGAAGGAUCCGACGAGGAACCAGAGUAUAAAGAUAUCCUCGACGCAGCCCGAAAAAUCUAUGAGCAGCAAGGCCUGGCAGGCUUCUACCCCGGUCUGGCACAGGAUACUUGGAAGUCGGUCGCAGACUCGUUCCUCUUCUUCCUCGCAUACAACACCGUCCGACAACGAAGAAUUAUCGCUCGUGUCGGGCCCGCCAAGGCGGCCAAGAGCAAGAAUAUCGUCUUGCCCAUUUGGGAUGAACUCGCGGUUGGUAUGGUCGCUGGUGCGUUCUCAAAGUUGUUCACGACGCCUUUGUCAAAUAUCGUCACCCGCAAACAAACUGCAGCGCGAAAUGGCGGGAAGGAUCUCUCGACGGCGGACAUUGCAGCUCAGAUUCGGGCUGAGAAGGGUAUUGGCGGUUUCUGGUCUGGAUACUCGGCCUCCCUGGUUCUCACCUUAAACCCGUCGGUCACCUUCUUCCUCAACGAGGUGCUGAAAUAUGCUCUCCUUCCACGUGCAAAGCGCCAGCGACCCUCGCCUGCGGUCACUUUCUUACUGGCGGCUUUGAGCAAAUCAACCGCUUCCUCUAUCACAUAUCCGUUUUCUCUGGCCAAGACUAGGGCCCAGGCACUCAGGAGCGCUCAGAAAGGCGCCCCGCAGAGCUCGAGUUCAAAUGCGGUUUUGGCCGCGCUCACGCCAAAGAUAUUCUCGGAUGUGGCAACGAUCUACCAGACGGAAGGUAUCUCUGCUCUGUACGCCGGUCUCUCGGGUGAAGUAGUGAAGGGAUUCUUCUCCCAUGGAUUCACCAUGCUGGCGAAGGAUGCCGUGUACGCAACCAUCGUCAGAUUCUACUACCUUCUUCUCAUCAUUUCGCGUCGGUAUCCAUCUCCCGAGGAACUUCUCGCGCGCGCCCGCGAACAAGCCGAAGAGUAUAGCGAAAUUGCGCGCGAGGGGGCCCGCGAAUUGGCCGAGAGGACGCGCGAAGGCGCUGAAGAUGCGCUCAAGAGCCACUCCGGCAGCGUCGCGGUUGACAUGACUUCCCAUGCGGCGGCUGCGAAUGCGGCGAAAAUUGGAAAUAUCGCGCACGGGGUUGAUGCUUCUACCGGGUUCAAGGUCCCGGGUGUUUCCUAUGAUAUCAAUGAGACUGCUGAGUUGGUUGGGGAUUAUGUCGAGGAUGAGGCGGCGGAGUGGAAGACGUUUUAUCACUGGUUCUGGGAUAAAGAUCGGGGUAUGAAGGGUUAG